UAUUAAAAAUAUUUAAUCAUGGAGGAGACAAAGUAUGAUCUUAUUGUUGUUGGCCUUGGGUGUGCUGGCCUAUCAACUGCUUAUUAUGCAGCCAAGAAAGGAAUGAAGGUACUUGGCAUUGAAAUGAACGAAAGUGAAGGAGCUAUUGGUGGCAGCUCUACAGGUUAUACUCGAAUUUGGAGAACUGGACAUACCAGCCCAAUAAAAGAUGUCAUGAUGGAGGAAGCAUAUGAGCUAUGGAAAGAACUUGAGAGAGACCACAAUGAGUUCUUUGAAGAAGAUGAACCAGUUAAGCUAUUAUAUAAGAAAGGAGCUUUAAUGAUUGGGCAUCCGAAACACCCUGAUUACCCAAGUGUCUUUUCAUCUUUUGAUAAAAAUAAAUUUAUCAAAAGCUCCGAAAUAAUGAAAAGAUAUCCAGGCUUGAAAAAUAUUCCAGAAGAAUCAAAUUGAUACAUCAUCCAAAAUGCUGGAGUUGUGAAAUCAAAAGAUGCUCUCACUACUGCUCGUAAAUUGCUUGAGAAGAAAUAUGAUGCUGAUCUGAAAUUCAACACCAAAGCUACUGAUGUAACAUCCAAUUCUGUCAAGAUAGAAUCUGGAGAGAUAUAUAAUGCCACGUAUGUAGUAGUAGCUACAGGCCCAUAUACCUCUGAUGGAUUUGACAAAUCUGAAGCUGUUGCUAGCUCUUUAGAAACUGAAACAUUAACCUUUACAUCAAAUGAGGAUCUGCCACCUGUGCAUAUUGAGCUUCUCUCAAAUGGAACUAGAUUUUACUCUCUUCAAGAUGGUGCAGAUCUUACAAAAUACAAAAUAGGUAUCCUUGGGCCAAGGUCAAUCUCCAGUACUCUUAAGCAUAUUAGGAACAGAAUGCCUGACAAAGUUGGUUUGCUAGAAUAUGGAUCUCCAUGCUUCUUCACAAUGGUCGAAGGCGGUGAUUUCCAAUACAAAACUAGCAAGGAAGGCAUCCACUUCGUCUAUGGAUUUAGUGGUCAAGGCUUUAAAUUCAUGCCACUUCACGGUAAAGUAGUCUACCAUGGUCUUCUCAAGAAGGAAGAUCAGAAAUAUAUACCUGAUUGCUACAGAGCUAAGAUCUAGGCUAACUAAAACUAUCUCUGG